UCUCUUCCUCCACAUCGGCUUGCCUCCUUUCACUCCAACCACCAACCAGAACGCCCGACGGCCGUGCCGGUUCCCUGCCUCCGCCGCGCCGCGUCGCCACCUCGCGCGCACUAAUCCUUGCCAUUGCUCUGCGUGGCAACAUUCAAAUGGAUACGGGAAGCGGGCCCGGCCUCCAGUACCUUCUGUGCCUCGCCUGGGUCGCGGCCACCCUCCCCAUCGCCGCUGCCGCGCUGCCGAUCCCCAGGGCCGCCGGCGGCCGUUUCAUCCAUGGCCUGCUCUGCGCCUUUUCAUCCCGCGGGAAGACAGUCAGGCCUUCGUCCUCGUCCUCGUCCAAGGCAAGGUUCACCGUUCCACAAAAAUUCUUCUUCCAUUUUUAUGUGGUCGGUGUGGUUGUGACGACUAGCUUGCUACUUGCAAUAUGGUUCUAUGCAUACAUGAAAAUGACACCUUUGAUUCCAGAACCAUCAAGUUAUUACUCCACAAUUGCUAGCCAUCUUGUUGGUGGUUCAAAUUCAUUCUCUUUGACAAAUUUCUGGUUGUCACGCCCCAUGAAACACAAGUAUCAUGUCUGGCGUACUGUAUUUGUACUGAUAUUGAUGGAAAUUCAGGUCCUGAGACGCCUAUAUGAGACUGAACAUGUCUUCCACUACAGCCCUUCAGCUCGAAUGCACAUCAUAGGAUAUCUAACGGGUAUUUUCUACUAUGUGGCUGCACCUUUAUCGCUUGCUAGUUCUUGUCUUCCUGAAACAAUACAGUAUCUUCGGUAUCAAAUAGCUGAGUUCAUUGUGAAGGGUCGGGCAAAAAUGCCAGAUCUAGCAAUUGUCCCAUCACAUCUUUUGAAGCCUCUUCUAAAGCUGGGGUGGUGCCAGUGGAUUGGUGCUAUUAUUUUCAUCUGGGGCUCACUCCAUCAGAUCCACUGCCAUGCAAUUCUUGGAUCAUUGCGUGAACACAAAGAUUCUGAUGAAUAUGUAAUUCCUUGCGGCGACUGGUUUAGUCGUGUGUCGUGCCCUCAUUACCUUGCUGAACUAGGUCUGGGAGCAUGGGAUAUUGGGGUUGGUUUACUAUUGGUGGAUGAGGGUACUAACAAUCAGGGAAGUUUCAUGCUUCCCUUAUGCUAGAUUUAUUUUAAUGUUUACAUUGAAGCUCUAUGUGAUGUAAUGAGACUUCUCAUCAAAUAUGCUAUUGUCUCCAUUUUGCCAACUUUUUUUUCUUGAAAACGCAUGAGAACUGUGUUUCUUUGUAUUAAGAAGAAAAGGAGGGAUGAGAAGCUUUACACACACACCUCAAAACAAGUUCAGUUCACUACACAAGGUUACACAGACCAUCGAUGGCAAAAGACAAAACAACCUGACCUAGCCUAAGCCUGGUACUGUUCCGCAUCCAGUGCAAGGGCAAGGAGGUGGGAAAUUCCUUUAGCUCUGGCCGAAUUCCAGUCCAGCAGCUCCUCUUUAGCAAGCAUUAUUGCUCAAGCUAAACUUUGAGACGCCCCAGCAAAGACUGGUUAUGGAGUUCCUAAAUUGUCAAAGCUCCCAGAAUUACAAUAGAUUUGACCUCCUUAUGCGUCUGAUUAUCCAUUUUGCCAACCUAGUUUCCUCUGCAUUAUAUAUCUCAGGAAGAGAAUAUACAUAUUCUGUAUACGGUUUAAGAAUGAUAAAAAUUUAGUGUUACCUUACGAACACGAUUUGUUUGACCAUUAGCAAAUACCUAAAUGAUGUAGAUGGCAAACAUUUUGCUGUCCUUUGUCUAAUUCAUAUAGGGCACUGAACGUUUGGGUCCGAAUUCAGUACGUUAUUAAC